CACACCUCUCCAUCAGAGCUGCAGUGAGGCGGAGUGAAACCGGACAUUUCAACGUCAUACUCCUUACAUGAAACUAACUACAGGUUUGUAAGCGUCACUGUCGAGUUCAAACAGUCGAGACGAAUCUGUUUCUCUCCAAAGAAACAUUAAAUCAGGUCUUUCUCAGCAACAACACAGCAGAGUCUCUGCUGAACACUGGAAGCCACGAUGAUGACAGAGGACCUUUUGAAAACUCUGGAAGAUCUGAGGAAUGAUGAAUUUGAGACCUUCAAGUGGUACCUGCAGCAACGUGACAUCCUGGAAGGCUACCAAGCCAUCAAAGUGUCCAAACUGGAGAAAGCAGAAAGGCGGGACACAGUGAAUGUGAUGGUGAGCAGCUAUACACUGGAUGGAGCUCUGAAGGUGACCAAGAAGGUCUUAGAGAAGAUCAACAGGAAUGAUCUGGUGCAGAGUCUGUCAGACACCAGCUCAGGACCACGAGUGUCAGUGGAUGUCAGUGAUGCCGGAGAGACUUCAGGGAGCAGAGGAACUUCCUCCUCUCAGAGCGAAGACCACAAGACACAUGAUGUUGUUCCUCUGAGACAAGAAUAUGAAAAAAAGAUGGCUGAGCUGGAGGCUGAAAUUGAGCAGAUGAUCCAGGAGAGACAACUGAAGAUUCAGGAGAUCAAACACUCAGUCGACCUCAGUGAAAAAGAUGCAGACAGAGAGAUAGCAAAAGAUGUUCAGGUCUUCACUGCUCUGAAGGAGUCUGUUGAGAGAGGCCAGACAGAUCUCAUUAAUGCAAUCAAGGAGAAGCAGAAAAUGACAAAAAGAAAGGCCGAAAGAUUUAUCAAAGAGCUGGAACACGAAAUCUCUGAGCUGAAGAAGAGAAGGACUGAGGUGAUGCAGCUCUCACGCUCCGAGGACCACCUCCAUCUUCUCUGGACAUUCCAGUCCCUGAAGACCCACUACUCAUCAAGGACUGGACGGGGGUCAGCAUCCGUGCAUUGUGAGGGGACUGUGGCGAGAGUGGUGUCUCAGCUGGAGGAGACACUCAGUAAAGAGAUGCCGAGGCUGCUUGAAGCAGAGCUGAAGAGGGUCCAGCAGUAUGCAGUGGAUGUGACUCUUGAUCCUGAUACAGCAAAUCCCAAACUCAUCCUGUCUGAUGAUGGGAAACAAGUGAAACAUGGUGAUGUGCAGAAAAAUCUCCCAGACAACCCAAAGAGAUUUUCUACUGCUGUUUGUGUUUUAGCAAAGCAGAGUUUCUCUUCAGGCAGAUUUUACUUUGAGGUUCAAGUCAGAAGAAAGACAAAAUGGGCUUUGGGAGUGGCCAGAGAGUCGAUCAACAGGAAGGCAGUGGUCCCACUGAGCCCUCAGGAUGGUUGCUGGACUAUAUUUUUGAGAAAUAUAAAUGAGUACAAAGCUCUUGAUGCCUGUCCAGUCCAUCUCUUUCUGAAGUCUCGUCCUCAGAAAGUGGGGGUGUUUGUGGAUUAUGAGGAGGGUCUGGUCUCCUUUUAUGACGUAGAUGCUGCAGCUCUUAUCUACUCCUUUACUGUCUGCUCCUUCACUGAGAAACUCUUCCCAUUCUUCUGUCCCUGCACCAAUGAUGGUGGUAUAAACUCUGCACCUCUGAUCAUCUCUCCUGUCAGAGUAAACUAAUCACUUAUUUCAUGUACUGAUUUAUUUCUAUUAAUAACAAUAGAAAUAAUAAUCAAUCAAUCAAUUGUAUUUAUAAAGCCCAAUAUCACAAAUCACAGUUUGCCUCACAGGGCUUUACAGCAUACGACAUCCCUCUGUCCUUAAGACCCUCACAGCUGAUAGGAAAAACUCCCCAAAAAACCCUUUAACGGGGAAAAAAAACAGUAGAAACCUCAGGAAGAGCAACUGAGGAGGGAUCCCUCUUCCAGGACGGACAGACGUGCAAUAGAUGUCGUACAGAACAGACAGAGACAUGAGCAAAGAAAGACCAACACACCAGAACCCAGCUCUCUGAAAUAGAAGAAUCUUUAGAGUAAACAAAAAACUACACAUCCCUUGGCCUCAACAUAAGCUCCACAGGAAGCUUCAACUUGGCUGUGAAAGAUCUGAGAGACAAAGCAAGGAGAGCUUUCUAUGCAAUUAGAAGAAAUAUUAAACUGGACAUUCCAAUUCAAAUCUGGCUAAAGAUUUUCCAAUUUGUAUUAGAGCCGAUAAUUCUCUAUGGCAGUGAAAUUUGGGGACCAAAAUUAAAUCAUGAAUUUGAAAAAUGGGACAAAACAAUAAUAGAAUCUUUCCACACAGAGUUCUGUAAGAACAUCAUGCACGUCCAGAGAAAGACACCAAACAACGCAUGUAGAGCAGAACUCGGCCAAUUCCCCCUCAUAUUGAAAAUACAAAAAAGAGCAAUUAAAUUUUACAAUCACCUAAAAACUAGUGACCCCCAGACGUACCAUCACAAAGCCCUAACCUGCCAAGAGCUGAAGCCAGAGAAGAGCCCCCUCAGCCAGCUGGUCCUGAGGCUCUGUCCAGACAACCUAACAUGCCCCGGACAGCCCCGGGACCACAACACCAAGCCAAUCAGACCAAACCAAAUUAUCAACCAACAAAAAGAAAUCUAUAUCACAUACUGGAAGGAAACAACUAAAACACAGAGUAAAUUAAAAUGUUAUCUGACCCUAAAAAGAAACUUCACAUUAGCAAAUGAUCUGAGCACAGUAAAAGAUCCUAAAUUAAGAAAAGCCUUGACUAUGUACAGACUCAGUGAACACAGCCUAGCUUUAGAGAAGGGUCGGUAUAGACAGAGCUGGCUGCCAGAGGAGGAGAGACUCUGCUCCCACUGUGACAGACAAGAGGUCGAGUCAGAGCUACACUUCCUCACCUCAUGCCCCAAAUACCAGGCUCUGAGAAAUGAACACUUUCCCAAAAUAAUACAAAUACACCCUGAAUUUGAAAGCAUGACAGACAUGGAGAAACUCCUAUAUUUACUUGGGGAAAUACCCAAAUGUGAGAACACUGCAGCUAAAUUCAUCAUCUCAUGUCACGACCUGAGGACAGCCAGUGGAACCUGAGAAACACAACUCACUAUUUACUUCUUCUUAAUUGUUUUUAAUUGUUUAAUUCUUAAUUAUUUAUUUAUCCAUUUAUUUCUCGUGUCAACAUCAACACACACACACACACACACACACACACACACACACUAACAACUUCAACACAAACUUCCACAAUCUUUGUGUCUGCCAUAGACUGAGAGACAGGAAGUGACACACAUAUUUGUUGUUAUUACUGUUAUUAUUAUUAUUGUUAUUACUGAGAUUGAUUGAAUGUGACUAUGACUGUGAUUGAGUCAAUCAUAGUUAUACAUAUUAUACAUACAGAAUUACCAACAGUAUAGAUUAUAACUAAUUGAUUGUAAAUAUUGUUUCCUUUAUUGUUAUUAUUAUUUUGAAUUACAAACGCUUGCUUUGGCAAUAUGUACAGUGUUACCUCAUGCCAAUAAAGCCAUUUUGAAUUAGAGAGAGAGAGAGAGACAGAGAGAGAGAUGCAGGUAAUGACAGUAGCUUACAACAACAUUAAUGAAAGUAAUAAUAUUAUAAUUAUAGUUCUGGCUACUGUGGUACAAUAUGUUGAAAGCAUAUAUUAAUAUCUGAUAGUAUACAUGUGUGACAAUAGUCAUAUGUGUAUAAUAACAGUAGAAGUAUGACUAAUGACUAAUGAUGGCAGCAGCAGCAGCAGGAGGCAUCUGGCAGGACCACGGCAGCAGCACAACCACACAUGUCACGCUGUCCAGGCACCGCUGCAAUACCACAUCUAGGCCUCCUAAUUUAAAGAAUCUACUUGUCAGGUCAUACCUGCAUCAGCCCACACCAUCCCUUUUUCUAACUGAGAUACCUGAUGGUAACUAUAAAUGUGGUAGAUGUGCACAGUGUAGCGUCACUUACAAAUGCCACAAAUUUAAUCAUCCAGUUUCCGGGAGACUUUUUCAUAUUAAAGGUAUUAUCAGCUGCACCACACCUAACAUCGUCUAUAUGAUUAAAUGCAUAUGGGGGUUGGCUUAUGUAGGUAAAUCAUCUAGACCUUUAAAAACCAGGAUAUCAGAACACAGGAGUGACAUCCGGACAAAAGAUUUUAAAAAUCCUGUUGCUUUACAUUUUUUUGAGGCAAAACACUGUAUCUCAUUGCUAAAAUAAAUUGGGAUUGAAUGUGUACAGCUGCCACCCAGAGGUGGUGAUAUCAGUGCACUAUUACUUCAGAGGGAAACAUUUUGGAUUUCCACACUGGAUACUAUGACCAGGGGCUUGAAUGAAGCUUUUGAUAUUAGACCAUUUCUUUAGUGUUUCAUCCUGCUUAUAUGUGCUGCAUAACAGUUUUCUCAUUUUUUUUCUUAAUAUUUGUCCUAUAUACAGUACAGGCCAAAAGUUUGGACACACCUUCUCAUUCAAUGCGUUUUC